AUGGCAUUAUCCACCAACCAAACACUUAUGACCAAUGGCCUACUACGCAUCUAUCACGACAGCAUGGAAAACGCAUUGUCUUGCUGGUUGACGGAGAAGACAUGCCCUUACGGAAUUACCAUUCCUUCGCCAGCGUUACUCAAGAACUCCAAUCCGCAUGAGUCAAUGUCAGAGGAAUGGGGUUCAAAUUGGUCGAACCGAAUCUUCGCACGAGUCUGUCGUCUCGACCGCGCUUCGUCCGUCGUUCGAGGACGGCUGUUGACCCAAUCAGAGGAGAAAUUAGCAUCGAAAGCACUCCACCUGGCAAUCAUGUCUUUUGCAACUCAAUGGGCUCAAUCGAGUAAUCGUAGUACCGCCAAAUUUUCGUCGUUCGACUCAAAAGACGAUGAAGUCAUUGAUGAUGGGGCUGAGCCAGCUCGAGGAGAGGGUUCGUCACCUCUGAGCACGGAAUUUGACCGAUCUAUUCAAGAGUCAUUCUGGUACCAGGCUCGAAGAGCCUUACAAGAUUCCGCAGAAAUCGAAUCCUUCCGUGUCAUCUUCGCCCACAUCAUUUUCUCUUUAACCCAGCGCCCACUCAAUGUCGCUGCACACGUUCGAGCAAUCAAAGGGAGACGGCGGCGAAGCUCUGCAAAGCGAUUCAAUGACAGUGCUUGGCCUGGAGCUUCACCUCCAUCUUCUGAAUCGACCCGAUCAGGACACUGUUCUGCGACUGCUUGUGGGGCUUCGACGUAUCAAACAACACCGGGAGUAAUCAAUACAUCAAAUUCCGGUGUAGCUGGCUUGGAUGAAGUGACUGAGCUCGAAGGUCCUCCAAUCUUCUUAGAGACCGCUCUACGACAAAUAUUCUCAUAUCGAUGCAAAUUAGAAAGCAUAGAAAGGCAACGGACGAUCGCAAUGAAGAAGUGCGCCUCUCCCGAGAUGGCAGAAAACCCCAACAUACUCAGCACUAAAGACCGUAAGACAUUCGAUCUCCUAUUCUGGCUCGCCGUCAUGUUUGAUACUCUCUCCGCUGCCAUGAACAAACGCCCACUGGUCGUCUCGGACGAAGACAGUGACAUCCGGGAUGGCAAUCUCCCAGGGCAACACAUAUCCCAGGACGACAUAAUCAGCAACCCUUCUCCAACAUACCGAUCCAUGCUCGCCAAAGAGGGGGACUCGAAACUAUGGGGCGACUUUCUUCUCCGACAAAAACACCUCCGCUUUUGCCAUAAAAUAGCGCGGUGGCCAUGCUCGUACGAAGACGCUGCGUCAACUCUUUGCGAUGCCGCUCCCAUCAAGGUCCUACUAUUCCGAAAAGUGACGCAUUUGCAGACCCUACUAUCCCGGCGCGUCAUGUACGAGAAGCUCGAACAAACCAUCCUAGAUGCUCUACAAGUCUACCAGCACUGGAAUGACAGCUACAAUCAGUUCAUCCUCGACUGCAUCGCCAACCACGAUGACUUGCCCCCGAGGAUCCAGUCCUGGUACGUCGUCCUCGCGGGCCACUGGCACCUGGCCGCACUGCUUCUAGCAGACAUCAUCGAAGUGAUUGAUGACGGCCAGCUGGGGCUUGAAUCGCAGCAAAACGUCCGUCACUCCUCUCGCCUCGUGUCAAAGCUACGGGAGCAAAACGCGAACGUCCUUUCAGACCUCGGGCGAUGUUCAUGCCCAGGGUACAACCUCUCCUUCCCCCAAGCUCGCGAAUUCCACUUCGCAGUCAGCGAGGGGGCACUGCUCACGGAGCCUUGGACCGUCGUGCUCAUCCGGGCUUUCAGCAAAGCCGGCUACAUACUUCUCAACCGCAUCUCUCACCCUAGACCAUCGUGGUAUGAACGAGGCGAGAUUCCUCGGGAAUCAGAGAUCGCGCAAUGCCAGCAAAGAUUGAGUUUCUGCAUCAGGGCAUUGUGGAACCUGGGGAAGAAGAGCGACAUGGCGUUCUUGGCCGCUACGGCGCUGUCCACGGCGCUGAAGGACGUGACAGAUGAGAUAGCGGGGAAGGCUGAGGAAUUCCAAGCUAUCACUGGGUCUGAUGGGGAAGGUUUAGCGGCAUGA